GGCACAGUGCUUUUGAGCUAUAAUCAUUUCAUUUCAGCCAAAAGUAAAAAAGAAAAUUUGAUUUUUGGAUUGUACUCAUCACAGAAGAAAAAUCUCUAAGAUCCAAUACCAGGUAAAAGAAAUCUGCAACAAGUUCAGAAACCUUUUGAAUUCAAAUGAGAUAAAUAAAUAAUAAAUAAUGACCAUUGUCUCUUUCUGGUCCCUUUAACUGUGUGCCUCCAUUCUUGACACAUACAAAUAUAUAUAUUUAUAUCAUUUAUUGUCAUUUGUUUUGAAAGGGUUUAUUAUCUUUCCAAGAGCCUAAAAGAUUCUCCAUUUCUUGUUGUGAAAACAAAUUGUUAAUAUACUGUUUUUUUUUUCUCCUCUUAAUCAGAACAUGGGAACUUUCCACUUGUCUUUCUUCUUCCUCCAUGGGUGACCCUUUUGCCCAAAAUUUCAAAAAAUGUUUCAUAAACUCUGGUUGGGUGGUUCCCUGAGACUGAGAGGACUCAACAGGAAUGGUAUGCUUUUCAGACUUGUAUGUUUUCACCAAGACAUUGAAUGAAAGCUCUUACCUUUCAUUUUGCUUGCUCAUUUCAUUUUUCGCGUUUAGAAAUGGUAGUGAAAGUUCAGGGAAAGAGAGCUCCGCAUCAAAGAUAAAUAAGAAAGGUCUUUUAGGCUGAAAUUGAAGUAUAUUUCUUUAUUUUUCACAGCUUCCAUGGUAGUAAAAAAUAGUAUGAGAAAGAGAAGAAAUGUGAAGAUUUGAAGCAUUGGAAGCUUUAUUAGUGGAGCCAAGAAAAAGGGUACUCAAGGAAAAUUAAAAUAUGCCAACUGUUUGGUUCUCGCUGAAGAAGUCUCUACACUGUAAAUCAGAGCCAUCAGAAGUUCAUGACCCAAAAUCCAGAAAACAUUUGAGCACAAUCUUGACUAGAAAAGCUGGAAGGUCAGGCUGUUCAAGGUCCAUAGCAAAUCUCAAGGAUGUCAUCCAUGGAAGUAAAAGACACAUGGAGAAACCUCCAAGCUGUAGUCCAAGAUCCAUAGGGAGCAGUGAGUUCUUAAACCCAAUAACACAUGAAGUUAUUUUGAGUAACUCAAGGUGUGAGCUCAAAAUCUCUGGCUUUAAUGGCUUCCAAGAAGGGGUUGGGAAUGGAAGUAUUGGUAAUGGCAGUGGGGGUAGUAGUGGUGGAAGUGGUGGUGGUGGGUCAACCUUUGUUGGAACAUUGAGACCAGGCACACCUGGACCUGGAGGCCACUCUACAAUGCAUUACUUCAACCCUUCCUUUAAGACCUCUUCAACUCCUCCAAGAAAGUCUCAGUUUCUUCUAUCAGAUAAGGAAAAUAGCACAGAUGGGGCUGCUUUUGGAGGCUCUGCUAUUUUUGGUGGUGGUAAUAGCAAUGGAGUUCGCCAAAGUAAUAGGAUCUCUCUUGAUGCAGAUUCUAAUGGUUCCUCCACAAUCACUUGCCACAAAUGUGGAGAACAAUUCAACAAAUGGGAAGCUGCUGAAUCUCACCAUCUAUCUAAACAUGCAGUGACUGAGCUUGUGGAAGGUGAUUCAUCCAGAAAAAUUGUUGAGAUAAUAUGCAGGACCAGUUGGUUGAAAUCUGAGAACCAUUGUGGUAGAAUUGAGAGAGUUUUGAAAGUUCACAACAUGCAAAAAACUCUUGCCCGAUUCGAAGAACACAGAGAGAUGGUGAAGAUGAAAGCCAGCAAACUCGCCAAGAAACACCCACGGUGUCUUGCCGAUGGCAAUGAACUUUUGAGAUUCUAUGGCACCACACUAGCAUGCUCCCUUGGUCUAAGUGGUUCAUCUAGUUUAUGUGUAUCAGAAAAAUGCAGUGUAUGUAGGAUUAUAAGAAAUGGCUUCUCAGCUAAGAAAGAACUCAAGGAAGGUGUAGGUGUGUUCACAACUUCAACCAGUGGGAGAGCUUUUGAAUCUAUUGAGAUAAUUGAAGAAGACCCUUCUUUAAGGAAGGCCUUGAUAGUGUGUAGAGUUAUAGCUGGGAGGGUUCAUAAACCUUUGGAGAACAUACAAGAGAUUACUGGCCAAAUUGGUUUUGAUUCAUUAGCUGGUAAAGUGGGUCUUUACUCAAAUAUUGAAGAGCUUUAUCUGCUUAAUCCUAGAGCUCUUCUUCCUUGCUUUGUGGUAAUUUGCAAACCUUGAGAGAAAGGUAGUGGAAAUUGGAAAGAAAAAUUUGCACAUGUUAUAUUAUUUUGAAGUUAUGUGAAUCCUUUUCUUGUUUCUAUUUGUUAGGGAGUUUUAGUUCUUUCUGUGUAUCUCUUAUUUUAUGGGAAGAAAUUAUGUUUAUUCUUUCAA